AUGAGCAGCUCACCGGGCCGCGAAAACAUCUUGGACACGCCAGAGAGCGCGGAGUUGACUCUGGUGGACAGUCUGCUGCAAGCGGAAAACAUUUACGAGAAUUUGGAAACCACGACAGCCGCGGACAGCGAGCUGGCUAAGAAGCAAAACACAGCGAAAAUAAAUCCACCCGCUACUUCUGCCAUGGACACCCACAAGCAGAACGAUAUGCAGCCCAAGGUGGACGAAAGUAUAAACAAAAAUCCGAAGCAAGCGCAUAAUCAGCAGCACACCAGUCCUGCCCGAACGCAAGGCUUUUUGAACACGGCGAAGCAGUUGGAAAUCAGAGAAAAGACGCCCUACAGUAAAGGUGGAAAGAACAAUGCCAAGGCUGCGAGGCGCAUGGGGGAGCAGAGGGUAGGCAGCGGAACGGGAAGCGAAUCCAUCGUCCGGACUGGAUCGUUCGCGACGGCCGUCGAUGCCGAAUCCGACAUGGAACACGAGAGCGCCGAGGAACACGCGAGCCCGGAACUGGGCAGGAAGGAAAAAAAUAACAGUACUAAAAUCGUCCCGCCGCAGAAGAAACCCAAUAAGAAGCAACCUGCAGUUCUUGGCGAUAGUGGCAUUAACAGUAGCAGUGAGGACAGAGACUACUCCUCGAGUAGCAGUCCAGGUAGCGAGAGCUGCAACAGCAAGUCUUACAACAACAGUAGUUCUUCCUACAGUACUAGCGGGAAGAAUCGAUACAACAAUUAUGACAAUUGUAGCAGCGACGUCUUCAGCAAAUCGCACCGGAAGAUGACCCGCGCGGAGCAGGCAGCAGAGGCGAUGAAGGAGCACCAGGUGGUCACUUGCGCGGACGCCAGUCCGGAGCACGAGGUUUCAUCCCGAAGUUUGGUGCCGCCCUGGCAAAAAGAGGAGGGUGAGCCGCUGUGGGAACUGCGGGAGGUAUAAUUAGCUGCGGAGGUUUCGACGCUUAUUCGACUGCUUCUACUUUUCGUGGCCAAGUUCCUUUGGUCGUGGUCCUUAUUCGCAUCAGGUUACUUUCGCUUUCAGUAAUAUGUCCGCUUUUGUCUCUACUAAAGAAACUGUCUAUGACUUGUCUCAGGUGGUGAUCACGGCUUCGGCUGGGAAUAAGCUAGCUUGGAUCGCGCGGCCCAAGAUCAAAGAGAAAAAGAAGAACCCCGUGAAAAUAAUCUUGGCAGACCACAGCGUUUUCAAGGUAAUAUAAGGCACUUCCGAUAUUACCAGGAUGAGGUGAAACUGAAUGAACGACCUACGACCACGGAUGUUGAAGAGAUUCAUAUAUCAACAUGACUAUGCCUUUGUUUUGGAAAACAAGCUAGAACAAGAAGAUCCGGUGAGAAAAAAAAUCACUCCUAGGUGCAAGUCGCGGAGCUGAUCCAGGGCCGGUGCGCGCACAUGGUCUUGUACCCGAAUCCGAAGGAGAAAACCUGGGACGAGAAGGAAGAUCGCAAGAAGGCGAGACGCAACGAGAGGUGGAACUCCCGAACCCGUGGCUCGGGUUCGGAUGAACAAGGCACCAGUAAUUCGGAACAGGAAAACAAAGCAGCGGAAGAACUUCCCAUUGUGGGAGAAGAGCAAGAGGACUACACUGGAAAAAUUCAGUCGCCCAUUACUGUGACUGCGGUAAACAAGGAGUCGCAGCAGGUACAAUCGCCCGGGGAAGCAGCAGCUGCUGGUGCUGCAGCGAGCUCUAGUACGCCGGACAAGAAGCUGAAAAAGGAUGA